UUGUUCAAAACUGGAAGGGACCCUAGAGGUCAUCUAGUUCAACUACCCCAUUUUACAGAUGAAGAAACUGUGGCUCAGAAAGUGGAAGUGAUUUGCUCCAGGGCACACUGACAGCAGGCAGCAGGGCCAGGAUUCAAACCCAGCUCUUCUGAUUCCAAAGCCAGCAUUCUUUCCAUUGUACCAGUAUCUUGUGCAUGUGUAGUACAAAGUGAAGCAGAUAAAUUUAGGGAAAGAGAAGUCACCUACAUGUCCCUGGGCAAAGAAUCAUUCACAUCUUUAAAGACCGUUGACAAGUGAAAAUUCUAUACAAGAAUUCCAAGAAGAAAUUUAGAGUGUCAGCACCUUAAGAAGAGGACUCUUGCUUUUUCUAUUGAUAUCCCUGCUGCUUAAAACAGUUCUUGAUAACAUAGGAUCUGAAGGACUCAUCUCCAGAAAUGUCAGACAAAGAAGAUCUCUAUGUCAGUUCAUCUGUUGACCUCCCUAAAGGUGAUGACCAGCAUCAUCAUUAUUGUAGAAUUCUUCUGGAGCCUCAGGAGAAAAAGACUACUGACUUUAAAGAAUGUGCAGUCAAAAAGUUGAAGAAAACUUGCUGUUGUAGUCCAGCCAAAGCCAAAAACUGGAUUUUGGGGUUCAUGCCAGUCUUGCAAUGGCUCCCAAAGUAUGACCUGAAAAAAUACCUCCUUGGAGAUAUAAUGUCUGGCUUGAUUGUAGGCAUCUUGUUAGUUCCACAGUCCAUUGCAUACUCCCUUCUAGCAGGGCAAGAGCCAAUUUAUGGUCUGUAUACUUCUUUUUUUGCUGGAAUAAUUUAUUUCUUAUUUGGGACAUCCAGACACAUCUCAGUGGGUAUUUUUGGAGUGUUGUGCCUCAUGAUUGGUGAAGUAGUUGAGCGGGAGGUGCACAAAGCUGGCUAUGGGAUGGACCAUAUAGCUAAACCUAUCCUUUUUAAUCAUAUAAAUGAAAGUGUCAUCACUCCAGCUGUGAACCAAACCUCAAGACAAAUCUGUGAUAGAAGCUGCUAUGCAAUUACUGUUGGCACAACAGUAACUUUCAUAGCUGGAGUUUAUCAGGUAGCCAUGGGCCUGUUUCAAGUGGGCUUUGUCUCCGUCUAUCUAUCUGAUGCCUUGCUGAGCGGAUUUGUCACUGGUACCUCCUUUACUAUCCUUACUUCUCAGGCCAAAUAUCUUUUAGGGCUAAACAUCCCUCGAAGUAGUGGUGUGGGCUCUCUCAUCACUACCUGGAUAUCUAUCUUCAAAAACAUCCAUAAGACCAAUCUCUGUGACCUCAUUACUAGCCUUUUGUGCCUUCUUGUCCUUGUGCCAACCAAAGAACUCAAUGAACACUUCAAAUCCAAACUUAAGGCGCCAAUUCCUACUGAGCUGGUAGUAGUUGUGGCCGCUACACUAGCAUCUCAUUUUGGAAAACUGAAUGAGAAUUACGGCUCCAGUGUAGCUGGACAUAUUCCUACUGGGUUUCUGCCCCCCAAAGCUCCCGAUUGGAACUUGAUUCCUAAUGUGGCGAUCGAUGCGAUAGCUAUUUCUAUCAUUGGUUUUGCUAUCACCGUGUCACUGUCAGAGAUGUUUGCCAAGAAGCAUGGCUACAUAGUCAAGGCCAAUCAGGAAAUGUAUGCUAUUGGUUUUUGUAAUAUCAUCCCUGCCUUCUUUCACUGCUUCACAACCAGCGCAGCUCUUGCCAAGACCUUAGUCAAAGAGUCGACUGGUUGUCAGACUCAAGUUUCUAGUGUAAUGACAGCAUUGGUUCUUUUAUUGGUCCUCCUUGUAAUAGCACCUUUAUUCUACUCCCUCCAAAAAUGUGUCCUUGGAGUGAUAACCAUUGUAAAUCUCCGGGGAGCUCUUCGAAAGUUUGGUGAUCUGCCCAAGAUGUGGAGGCUUAGCAAAAUGGAUACAGUUAUUUGGUUUGUUACUAUGCUGUCUUCUGCACUAAUAAGUACUGAAAUUGGUCUGCUUAUUGGGGUCUGCUUUUCUAUGUUUUGUGUCAUUCUUCGUACUCAGAAGCCAGAAGCUUCUAUACUUGGUCAUGUGGAAGAGUCUGAAAUCUAUGAGUCAAUGUGUGCCUACAAGAACCUUCAGACUGAGCCAGCAAUUAAGAUUUUCCGUUUUGUAGCUCCCCUCUAUUACAUCAACAAAGAAUGUUUUAAAUCUGCCUUGUACAAGAAGACAAUCAGCCCAGUCUUAGUGAAAGCAGCACGGAAGAAGGCAGCAAAGAGAAAGCUCAAAGAGAAGACAGUGACUUUCAGUGGCAGUCAGGAUGAAGUUUCCAUGAACCUCUCUUAUGAGCCCCCAGCGCUCCAUACCAUAGUGAUUGACUGCAGUGCCUUGCAAUUUUUAGAUACAGCAGGAAUCCAGACACUCAAAGAAGUUCGCAAAGAUUAUGCAGACAUCGGUAUCCAGGUUCUACUGGCUCAGUGCAAUCCCUCUGUGAGGAGUUCUCUGUACCGUGGAGAGUAUUGCACAAAGGAAGAGGAAACCCUUAUCUUCUACAGUGUACACCAAGCAUUAUGUUUUGCCCUGGACUUGCACAAACAGAAAGCAUUGAGUGCUUCCAAUGGUUUAAGCACUUCUACUGACUGAUUACUGGGGAAAAGCAGGGUGGCUGGGAGUGGGGGAGAAAAUCAAGGCAACAGGUUUGUCUCUCUUGUGUACACUAUUUCCUAUUACCAUGUCAAGUCAGUGAUGUUUUCAUAUGUGAUAGGGGAGAGGCAUACCAGUAUAUCAGGGCUUGUAAUUAGUUAGAAUUAGAGGAAAAUAAUAAUUACACCCAUUUGGUGCAGUCGAGGAUAUAAAAAUAUUUGGUAUAUACUUAUGAAGUAGUUUUAUGGUUUAAACGCUUAACUGUAUUUGGAUUUUCCUCCUUUUGGAAACAAGAGUGCUACAUCAGGGGAAAUUAAAAAAAUACCAAAAGGGACAGUGUUGUAUAGUAGAAAGAACUGACAGGCAUCAAGAGACCUGAACUCCAGUCCCACCAGUGCCAACCUUUGUAAGUCUGUACAAGUCACAACCUCUAUGAUCUUCAGUUUACUCAUUUGUAAAGUUGGACUAGAUGACCUGUAAGGUCCCUUCAGCUUUAAAAUUCAUUGAUCUUAUGGGUAAUGAACUUGGAAUUUAUAGCAGAACCACCAUCUUUGUGGUAAUGUGGAAGAAUAUGAUGGGAAGGAGUUUGUACAACAGUUGUUUUUACAUAUAUCUAUACUUUUGCUCCCUACCAAAGACCAAAGAGCUAAGAGGUUUGGGGAUUACCAGGGUCACCCAGAACCAGUUGUUUUUCUUGUGCCUUGCUUUUCCAUCUACCUCCCCAGAACCUUGCAGUAGUGGGACCUCUGGCGUUUUGAAAAGGAAGCAGCAGCACUCUUUUUUGGGUGGAUAUUCUCAGGAGGUUGAUCUUGAUCCAGACUCUUAGGAGCCUGUGCUCAGAGGAAAAAUGCCUCCCAGUAAACGAAAUCAUUUUAUGAUAGGGCAAACACAUCAUGGGAACUUAAGUUAACACAAAAGUACUUUUUGAAAAUCAGUGCAUCUAAAGAGCCUAGCUAAAUAUAGACUCACACAAUAGUGUGGUGUGAUUUUAUUUUUCCUUAUUGGUGUAGACUAAGUACAUAGUAUGAGAGUCUUCAAAAUCAGCAAGAAUGAUUUGAGGGAUCUGUUUUCUACCUCUUCUUUUUUAUGGGGCAUGUCAUCCAUGCUUAUUCCUAAGGACUUCAUCACCACUGAACAUUUUUUCACAAUUUGCCUACUUUACAUUCCUAGGAAUCUGUUCAUAUGAGGAUGAUGUUGUGGGAGAAGCACAAGAUUUAGAGUUAGAGCUGGGUUUGUAUCUCAGCUGUCCUGCGUACUACUACUCCUACCUAUGCAGUCACUAGACCUUUCUGGGCCUGAAUGAUCACCUCUCUAUAAAAUGAAGGCCUAAAAGACCUCUAAGAUCCCUUCUGGUCCUAAUGCCUAUGAUUUUCCUCUAGUUAUCUGGUAAUACACCUUUUUAAAAAAAUCUAGACCACAGGGUACAAUCCUGAGUCCAUUCCAACCAAUAUUUAAGUGCCUAUAACACAUAAGGUGGUGCUUGUUUCCCUGCCCUUCCCCUUCCCAUACCUUCUAGGUAGGAUGAUAAUUCAGGCUAUCAGGAGAAAAACAUUUCCCAAUGUUUUAAACAUUUCUAUAAUGAAGAUAGUCUUAAUGUUUUGGCUCAUCAGCUUAAAUUGGCUUUAAGUGAGUAAGCAAGGUUAGUUUGCAGAAGGGAAUGUUUAAUGGGUUUUCUUCAGAAUUAAUUUUAUACUAUUUCAGCAAAGGAACCACACACAUGAUUUUUCUUUGACAAGAAUCAUAAUCUCAAGUAGUAAAUACCAUAUAGCAAACUGUGUUGUAUGUUUUGGGGGAAAAUAUGCAUUGUUCCUUACCUCCCAUCCCUAUGAUGCCAAUAAUGAACUUAUAGGUAUUUGGUCAUGAACAUUAUAAUACACUGCCUUAUGGGAAGUUUCUUCUGCCCUGUGGGUACCUAAUAAAUUAAUGAUGACCACAAUGGUUCUUUAUUGGUAGGAUCUCUUAAAAGUCGUUUUAUCACUGUUUUAAACAACAUUAUAUUAGUUUUGUUACUAAGAUGAGUAAAGGAUAAUAAACUGAGGGUUUAUCCUCUCUUGAAAGGCAAGAACGUUUCUCUAGUAACUUUUUAAAAUGUGCAAAAACCAAGUUCUUUCAAAGAGUGGGAUGAUAUCUUUUAAAGCACAUUUAAAAAAAAAGAUUCAGUAGUUUUUUUCAAUGGAGUUUUUAGGAAGCAAUUAGAAAAUGUCACAAAUUACCUUGAUGUGAAGGAAAUUUGGUAUAACUUUAUACAGGUGAGGUGGGAGGGAAGUACCUUGUUCCAUGUUGACUAUCUCUACUGCUUUUCUCAGUAUUACAGAUUAAAUUUUACUUAAAAGUUGAAUGUUAGUGUUUCAGGUCCACUAAUUGAUCUACAUCAUGACUUAAUUAACAGUACACCAAAUUUUGAUAGUUAUCCUUUUAUAUGUCUUCAUUUAACAUGAAGGAUAACAGUUUUCAGAAUAUUAACAUUAUAGAACUGUUUAAAACUUUAGGGUAUGUUUUUCUCCUCCUAGCUUUUCUCUAUGACUUUUCUUAGACUAUACCCAGUCAUUUUUCCAGAAGCAGUGUACACUAUGGGUAGCAAAACACUUGCUUUGUUACUAGGGUAGAAAUAAAAAAUGUAAAUGGCAAAGGAAGAAAAGCAUGUCUUAACUAAAUUAUUCCUUUGAUGGGUGUGAAUGCAAUUGGUUCCUGAAGUGGGUGGUUUAGAAAGAACACACUGUAACAGGUCCUUUUUCAUCAGGAAAAAAUGGCAACAACAUGUAUUUUAACUCAGCUCUUAAUGUAAGUGUAUUGGGUCAUAGAUUUUAAAAUUUAAACACUUGUCUUAGCAGCUGUUAAGGCUGUAAUAUUGCACUUAGUUGCUUAUACUUGUAGUACUAUCAAUGUAAUUAGAUACUAUGCAUCCUGGGAUUAUAAAAUGGAUUUAUAUCUAAUGAAUGAAUUUAAAUGCAUUUAUUGAGUGCUUAUUCUGGGUCAGGAAUGGUAAAAAAAAAAAUGAGCUUGGAUCUUACAUUUCUUAAAAAACUGUGUGAGGGGGCAGCUAGGUGGCGCAGUGGAUAAAGCACUGGCCCUGGAUUCAGGAGUACCUGAGUUCAAAUCCGGCCUCAGACACUUGACACUUACUAGCUGUGUGACCCUGGGCAAGUCAUUUGACCCCCAUUGCCCCGCAAAAAAAACAAAAACAAAAACAAAAAACCCAAAACUGUGUGAAUUAGGUGGAGUCAACAGGACAAAGGUAUUUGAAAGAUAAACCAGUCAUUAUCACAUUUUAGUUCAUAGUUCUUGCUCCACUCAGUUCCAGUGCAUUUGAAUUUAUGCACCAAAGUAAAAAGAAAAAGAAUCAUGUUAUUUAAUUUCUCCUUUACAAAUUCAGGAAAAUUUAUCCAAAUCAGCCCAGAUAUGUGAUUUCAUCAAUACUUGGAACUCCCAUUUGUGACAGCACCCUCAUUAAUGUAUGAUUAGCAAUUCAUAAGGUAACUUAAUCUUAGUUACCUGGGACAUAAAGUUGAUAUUUUAAUGAAUUCCAAAAUUCGUUGAAAUGUGUGUAAAUGCCAUUGUCCAGAAUAAAGUAAACCCACUAUGUGUUGUGAUACACAAUCUUAAUUUGCCUUGUUAGUUGUUGCUAAUAUUUGUAGUGUUUCUCUAACCUCCUAAAAUACAAAGCAAAUAAGCCCUUAGCCCUUUGGAUCCCUCAAACCCAGAUUUAAAUAGUCACUCUCACCCAUCAUCACAUGCUGUCUAUUUUGGAGGUGGAAUUGAAAGCGGAAUGAUUUCUUAUUAUAGCAAACCCAGGACAGUAUAGGCAGCAUGUCUAGUCAGUCAGUUAACAAAUAGUUAUUAAGCACUUACUGUGUCAAGCACUGUGCUAAAUCCUGGAAAUACAAAUACUAGCAGAAAGAAAAGCAGUCCCUGCCCUCAAGGAACUGACAUUCAACACAUACAAGUUUGGGGGGGCGGCAUAGAGAUUCAGGUACCCAGCAUGGUAAAGAAAAUCCAGAAAGUCUGGAGGAUAGCCUGGAAAGGAAUGAAGAUAUGGCUGUCCAGGGCAUCCUUCUUAAAAUGGAGAAACCUUAAUCAGAGGGAAAGACCCUGAGGUGGAGAGUACUUCCAGUGUGUAAAGUCCAGAGAUAGAGUGAGCUUCUAGGUUGAAGAGGUUUCUAUGGCAAAAGAGCAAAGAAGAAUUAGUAAAUUAUGGAGACCUAGUUUCAAAUCCCACUUCAAAUACAGCUCUGUGACCAUAUCACCCUCCUAAUUCAACAAACUCCAGUGGGUCCCUAUUACUUUACAGAAUCGGAUAUAAAAUCAUCUUUUCAGCUUUUUCUUUUUAAAAAAUGUCAAAAUUCUCACCAGCUGUCCUCCAUGUCAGGAAUGCUCUUCUGCUUUACCUUCCAUCUCCUAGUUUUCCUGGCUUCCCUCAAGGCUCAGCUAAACUCCUACCUUUUGAGAGAAGUCUUCCCAGGUGCCCUACUCAAUGCUACUGCUUUCUGAGGUGGCUUUCCAUUUACUUUAAAUAUAUCUCAUAUGUAUGUAAUUGUUUGCAUGUUGUCUCCCCAUUAGAGUGUGAGCUCCUUAAGGGAAGGGUCUGUUUUUACCUAUCCAUCCCUUGGGCUUACUUAGCACAGUUCUGGGCAAAUAGUUAGCAUUUAAUCAAUGUUUAACCUGACUGGUUAUGAUAUUUCAAAGGAAGGAAAGUCAUUACUCUCAGCUUGGAUAAACACUAAAUGCAAAUUAAAGCAAUGCAUUGUUGACUACUAAAGUCUCAAAGUCUACCAAAAUUUCUAUUCUUUCCACCUGAACUCCUUUCUUGUAGUCCCAUUGUAUCCUUGCACAUUAAAAAAAAAGAACACACAAAAUCCAGAACUUUUCACUUAUACUUGUUAAAUUUCAUCUUGUCAGCCCAUUACUCUAGCCUUUAAUCUACUUGGAUCCCAAUUAUGUUAUUCAAAGACUUAAUAAUUAUCCCUUCCACCUUUUUGACAUCUACAGAUCUGAUAAACAUGCUCUUCUGUCUUCAUCUACAACUAGAAACUUCUUUUCAGUGCUCAACACUGAUUAUAUUAACAUAAACUUUUAACUGGAUGUAAGAAGUGACAUGGAAUUUAAACUAAUUUUCCACCAUUCAUCUAGUUUUUUCCUAGUUUUUAUUGAAUAAUACUUUCAUCCCCCAGUUUUUUUAAUAGGUUUCUUACAAACUAACUCUUGUAUAUCAAACUGCAUUUCUGGGUUCUCUUCCACUCUGUUGAUUUGUUUUGUGUAUGUGUUGGUGUGUGUGUGUGUGUGUAUACAUUUUUUUUUCCAGUGCCAAUUUUUGUAAUUACUGGGUAUUUCUGGUUUUGAUUUUUUAUCCAAACCUAUAA